AGAUUCAUCCCCAAAUUCGUCUAUCCAUUGCGCAGCAAGUGGGAGAAGGAUAAAAAAGAAAAUACGAAAUUUGCAACGAGCCGCGUUCGAUAACCACAAAUAUAAUUUGUUGGGAACAAAACAAAAGCGACAGGACGUAUCUGACAGAUGUCAAAAUUCCUAGUCUUUUUCAUACGGCGUCUUAAUGCGGUAACCUUCGCAAAAGAAAUAAAAUUAGCAAUAAACGAUAACUAUUGAUCAUCGUGCCCGGAGAAAUUAUUCACGACAGCCUAUCGAGAGACAAUGUGAGAGCACGCGCGCGUACCAAUGCCAGAAAUGGAAACGCAACGAGAAUGGACGAGCUUGCAAUUACUCGAGAGCCCAUUAGGAAGCGUACCAGGAUUGGUAACAAGUGCGACUCACAGACCGUGGUUCCGAUAUCGUUUCCGAUCCCAAGAAUCGUGUCCUUACCGGUGGAGAUCAUCUUCGAAAUUUUCUCCUAUCUCUCCUACAAGGACCUUUACGCCAUCAGUCACGUGUCCCUGUUUUUCAACCGGCUCGCAUACGAUCCAUUUUUAUGGCGAACUUACGAGGUGACGAACAACGAACAAGAUACAGCCGAGGUGAUUAAGGAGCUGAAGAGGAUGCCGCUGCUGAAGAAGUUCAGUAUAAGUGUCAGAGCGGAUUGCGACGAGAUCUUGCGGCAGAUCUCGCUGACGAACAAAAAAUUAGAGGAACUCCACGUUUCUAAUUGCACAGGUUCCACGUCGAAAUUGUAUCUACGCUCGGGCUACCUGAUCCGCAUACUGGAGAGGUGCCGUAAUUUGCACACGAUCAAUAUACUGGGGAGCAGAUUCCGCGGCCGGAAGUUCUAUCGGCUGUUGGGCGACAUAGGGCCGCGUCUCAGAUCCGUGUACGCCCCAGCGACCAAGUCGCAGUUCUGCACGUUCAUCAAGUACGCGAGGCAGAUCAGCGAGACUGAUCGGGAGACGAUCUGCUCGAUGUACAUCGGCGUGAAGAGUUGGGCGCCCUUGUACUACUUCGUCACGAAACGGGCGGAUCGGGUCUGCACGGCCCUGAUCAGCUAUCUCCACAACGACAUCCUGCUGAUCGAUGCGAAUCGAUCGAUUCACAAACUUUCCAUCACCGAUAGAAGGAACACUUAAUCGAGAGGUGUUGAGAGGCUGAGGUCCCUUUUCUUCUCUCUACGACGCUUCGUCGAAAUGUCGUUCGAGAAGAAUAAUACAAGCCCUCCUCCCCCCGAACAUGAAUAUUCACGUUUUACGAUAUUCCUUCGAGAAUGUAUAUGUAAUCAUGCCGUUCUAUUGUACAAAUACAUGUAUAUAUAAGUGUA